AUGACCUUGUUAGUGGGCGGUUUUGAGUCCCACGUUUUAUUCGACUCUGGAGCAUCGAAUUGCUUCAUUACACCGGAGCGUGCCGAGAAGAGUGGCAUCCGGAGUAGCGCGGGCGAGAGCGCGGGCAUGGUCAAGGUGGCGGGAGGUGGAUUCUUGUCUACUUUGGGCCGUGCUAGAGGAGUCGAGAUCGAGAUUGCGGGGCAGUCAAUGCCAGCAGACUUAGUCAUCAGUCCGGUGGAGCUGUAUGACGUUAUUCUCGGGAUGGACUGGUUGUCACACUACAGAGUUCAUCUGGAUUGCUACAGAGGUAGAGUGGUCUUCGAGCGAGAUGCAGGGAGGUUGGUUUAUCAGGGAGUGAGACCGACUUCCGGGAGUAUUGUGAUAUCUGCUAUUCAGGCCGAGCAGUUGUUAGAGCGGGGCUGUGAGGCGUAUCUGGCGACGAUUUCUAUGUCUGAGUCAGGAGCUGGAGUUGUUAUGGGAGAUAUUGAGGUUGUCCAGGAUUUUGAGGAUGUCUUUCAGUCACUGAAGGGAUUACCACCAUCUCGGUCUGAUCCUUUCACGAUUGAGUUAGAGCCGGGGACAGCACCGAUAUCGAAGACGCCUUACAGGAUGGCGCCAGCUGAGUUGGCAGAGCUGAAGAAGCAGAUAGAGGACCUUUUGUCUAAGGGGUUCAUUCGACCGAGUGUUUCACCGUGGGGAGCACCGGUGUUGUUUGUGAAGAAGAAGGAUGGAGUUUCAGACUUUGUAUCGAUUACAGAGAUUGACUUGGCAUCGGGGUAUCAUCAGAUCCCGAUAGAUGAGGCAGAUGUCAGGAAGACUGCUUUCAGGACGCGUUAUGGGCAUUUUGAGUUUGUGGUUAUGCCUUUCGGUUUGACUAACGCGCCGGCAGCCUUCAUGAGAUUGAUGAACGACGUGUUCAGGGAGUAUUUGGACGUGUUUGUCAUCAUUUUCAUUGAUGAUAUUCUGGUAUACUCGAGGAGUCAGGAGGAGCAUGCGACUCACUUGAGGUUGGUUCUGGAGAAGCUUCGGGAGCAGAAGCUUUUUGCUAAGUUGAGCAAGUGCAGUUUCUGGCAGCGAGAGAUGGGAUUUCUUGGCCACAUUGUUUCUGCAGAGGGAGUUUCUGUGGAUCCGGCUAAGAUUGAGGCUAUCAGAGAUUGGCCUAGACCUAGUAGUGCCACCGAGAUCAGGAGUUUUCUGGGUUUGGCAGGAUACUACAGGAGGUUCGUCAAGGGGUUUGCUACCAUGGCGCAGCCGAUGACGAAGUUGACCGGGAAGGAUGUCCCUUUUAUUUGGUCAGCUGAGUGUGAGGAGAGCUUUAGUCAGCUCAAGGAGAUGUUGACUACUACACCAGUGUUGGCGUUACCCGAGCCAGGGAAGCCUUACAUGGUGUAUACAGAUGCUUCAGGCAUUGGUCUUGGUUGUGUGCUGAUGCAGGAGGGCAGAGUGAUAGCAUAUGCUUCGAGACAGUGGCAGGGCAGUGAGCGUAACCGUCCUACACAUGACUUAGAGUUGGGAGCAGUGAUCUUCGCGUUGAAGAUUUGGAGGUCUUACUUGCUAGGUGAGACAGUACAGGUCUUCACGGAUCACAAGAGUUUGCAGCAUAUCUUCACUCAGCCGAUGAUGAACGCGAGACAGACGCGCUGGGUUGAGUUCUUGGCGGACUAUCAGGUGAGCAUUAACUACCAUCCGGGCAAGGCUAACCUAGUGGCGGACGCGUUGAGUAGACGGAGGUAUGAUUCCGCAGUUGAGCGAGAUGUGGAGUCUCUAGUUGGCGAGAUCAGUACCUUGCGUUUGUGUGCCAUUUCGCAGGAGCCUUUGGGUUUAGAGGCAGUGGAUCAGGCGGAUCUACUUAGCAGGAUCAGAGUUGCUCAGCAGAGUGAUCAGAGUUUGCUGGAUGCGACGAGAGUGACUGGUUCUGAGUAUGAGGUCUCUGCGAAUGGGACUAUCUUGGUUCGUGGGCGAGUUUGUGUGCCUAAGGAUGUGGAGUUGAGACAUCAGAUUUUGGGAGAGGCUCACGCGAGCAAGUUUUCCAUUCAUCCGGGAGCGACCAAGAUGUACCAUGACCUCAAGAGGUACUAUCAUUGGGUCGGGAUGAAGAGGGAUGUAGCAGACUGGGUUGCGAAGUGCAACACUUGUGCCUUGGUGAAGGCAGAGCAUCAGGUUCCGGGUGGUCUUUUGCAGAGUUUACCCAUUCCAGAGUGGAAGUGGGACAGGAUUACGAUGGAUUUCGUGGUUGGACUACCUGUUUCGAGGACUUUCGAUGCUAUCUGGGUGAUUGUGGAUCGGUUGACUAAGUCUGCACAUUUCUUGGCCAUCAAGAAGACAGAUGGAGCUGCUGUCUUGGCUAGGAAGUUUGUGCGAGAGAUUGUGAGGCUGCAUGGAGUGCCAGCUAGUAUUGUGUCAGACCGUGAUCCCAGAUUCACUUCAGAGUUUUGGAGGGCGUUUCAGGCAGAGAUGGGCACUAAGGUGCAUCUGAGUACAGCUUAUCAUCCGCAGACAGAUGGUCAGUCAGAGAGGACUAUUCAGACUUUGGAGGAUUUGCUGAGGAUGUGUGUGUUGGAUUGGGGUGGCCAUUGGGCAGAUCACCUGAGCAUACAACAACAGCUUUCAGGCGAGUAUUGGCAUGGCUCCAUUUGA